AUGUCAUUUAAAUGUAAAAAUUUCAACAUGUGUUUCUGUUGUGUAAAAAGUUGAAAAGAAAAUUCUAAUUAUAUGAACUUGUUUAUUAACUUAUACUGUUAAAUAAACACGUCAAGAGGUGUAUCACUCCAGCACAACUGCUGAAUUAAUUAAUAUUUCUAUUCUUUAAGCCCUAAAAAUUACAAAAUGAAAUAUAACCAACAAGACACCCCUCCUUCAUCUUUACACGGCGACGACAUCGCCGGUAUGGAGGACGAGGAUGGCAUGCUGUACUACGAGGAAGUGGAGGAGAUCGACCUGGAGGACCUGCAGGACGAGGGCAUGGACGGCAUCAUGGAGCAAGAAGAAGACGCUGAGCCACCGGAGGACCACGCCGCUGUAGUCUUCACCAAACACACUGGCUCAGUCUUCUGCUGUGAUCUACAUCCUUCUGGAAAGGUCGCUGCCACUGGCGGCGAAGACGACAAAGCAUAUGUCUGGUCUGUGGAGACUGGGCAGCUUGUCAUGGAAUGUACUGGACAUAAGGACUCUGUUAUCUUUGUUGGCUUCAGCUUUGAUGGCUGCUAUCUAGCUACAGUUGACAUGGUUGGGCUAAUCAAAGUGUGGAAGUGUCCAGCUGAAGGGGAGAGUCAUCAAGGGCCAUGGACUGUAGCUUUUGAAUAUGAAGCUGAGGACCUGAGUUGGGGUUUAUGGCACUUUGGAGCCAGGGUUCUCAUUUGUGGAGCUGUUUCAGGAGAUAUUUAUGUGUUUAAAAUACCAUCAGGUGACACUAAAGUUUUGCAAGGCCAUCACUCUAGGACAGAAUGUGGAAAGUUGUUUCCUGAUGGGGUGCGCCUGUGUUCUGGCUAUGAGGAUGGUGUGGUGAAGGUGUGGGAUCUGAAGUCAUCAGCUGUGCUACAACAAGUGCCAGCUGGAGUGCACCCUGGGAGGGUCACAGCUGUGGACAUACACCCUGACAACAACCUUAUGGUGUCUGUGUCUUCUGAUGGCACUGUGGUUCUUACAACUUCAUCAACUGGAAAAGUGGUGGGACAAAUAGAAGGAGAAAAUGAUAUGGAGGCCAUAUCUUUCUCCAAAGAUGUACAGCUUGGAUUCUUUGCACUAGGCACAUUGAAUGGAGCGGUUAACAUUUGGGACGCAGCUCGGCGGAUGAUGCGCCACGACUGCGCCAAAACAACUGACGACGCAGCCGCCGGAGUCACCAAGAUAUUCUGGAUCAAAAACCACCUAGUCACUGGCUGUCUAGACGGCUCAGUCAGGCUGUACGAGGGAAGGACCGGAGAAAGGAAACUUAUGCUAACAGGACAUAGGUCAGAGAUACUUGAUUUAUGUUACAAUGAAAAGGAAAAUAUUAUCCUCACAUCAUCUGAUGAUGGCAGUGCGAGGAUAUUUAAAUACGACCCUAUUAAAGAUAAUGACUAAAUAUUAUUUUUACUAA